CGUGGUAACAUUAUGACACAAUUGAGCCAGCGCAAGAUAUGAUUUCGGAAAACGUACCUCAAUGCAAGGAUAUGAUAUGCCACUGUACUCCAAAUGGUACCUUUAUCCGCACUGCUCCACGGAGAAGAUUGAAAUACUAUUAGUGUUCCUAUGUUGUUCAACAAAACAUGCCAUUCCAUAAUGGCUACCGGUAGCUAGCAUGAUGACGAUUAAGGGGCUGUAUUCUGGGGGGAAAAGAGCAGUAUUUAGAUCUUCUCGAUGGAGCAGUGUGAAAUCGUCACAUUGAGUAAGUACAUAGUAUAUGCCAUCCCUGUAUUGCGGUACGUUUUCCAACUCAUAUCUCUCGCCAGCUCCAAAGGUGUCUUAAUGAUGAUUGCGUUCCGACCUCAGUGCAGCUCAAUCAGCGUAAACAAGUGAAAUGGUAGGGUCGGUAUCUUCCGGAAAGCUAGCUAAGAAGCUAUCAACCAGUUGUUGACGUACUGCUAGCAAGCCAGUCAGCCAAUGUCGGUCUUGCGUCACUGACUCCCUAUACAUCAGAGGAGUAGCCUUGCACUCAUUUUCAGCUGCUCGGGGUUCCCUGUGUCCCCUCCUUAAGCGUUGGAAUGGGCAGUCAUUUCCGCAGCUACAUCUGGGACCCGGUCCUCAUCUUGUCCCAGAUUGUGUUGAUGCAAUGCAUCUACUACAGCUUUCUGGGUCUGUGGUUGGCUGGAGUGGACAGUCUCGUACAAACCAACAGAUCACUGGACCAGAUCUUCAGUUAUGAGGUUCUUGGUUUUGCAACAAUGCAGGGCAGACUCUCAAUGAUGGCAUUCAUCUUGAACUCGCUUACCUGUGCCCUGGGCCUGUGGUUCUUCAUCCGCCGAGGGAAGCAGUGUCUGGACUUCACCGUCACUGUGCACUUCUUCCACAUGAUAGGCUGUUGGAUCUACAACGCCCACCUCCCGGCGGCCCUGUCCUGGUGGCUGGUCAACGUGGCCUGCAUGGCUCUGAUGGCCGUGAUUGGAGAGUACCUGUGCAUGCGGACUGAGCUCAGGGCCAUCCCAGUCAACAGUGGACCUAAGUCUAACCUCUGACCUGACCCCACUCUGUGACACUGACUUACCCCCUGUGAACUGUUCACCUACAGUUAUCUGUCCAGUAUGAUGUGGGGUAUGACAUUUGUGCCCAAAAACUUGGUGGGACUGGGAAGUGAGCUGCAGUAACACAGUAAUUGUUUCUAGAGACAUAGAUGCUCAGAGUUGGAAGAUUGCACACCUCUCAAUGGAUUCAAGGACUUGGAGAUAAACUGAAUUGGUUCUGGUUGCUGUAUUUAUUUGUACACAUGUACUACACAUCUAAGAGUGAAUGCUAACUUCUUCCUUGAACCACUGACUAAGAUACCACUCUCUUUGAGACCGUUUGAAGCAGAGUUUAGUUACAAAGUGUUACAAAGAUCUGAAUGGUUUCAUAAUUGUAUUAAAUUAUGAUAUUAUCACACGAUGAAUGUAGAGAAAUGGUUGUCAUGCACAUGCUUUUCGGUUAUGUCCUAUCAAGUUGAGAGAGAAAAAAGUGCAGCUUUAGUUGAGCCAGUUGAAUGAUAAACAUUGAACAUGGUACAAUAACAAACUAAUACAAGUAAAGAACAGAUCACCAAAUAUGGAGUUCUAUUUUAUUACUCAUUAAAGUAUGUGAGCUUGAGGGGUGAACGGAAUCAGCAAAGCUCAACCAUACAAUCAACGUUAGGAAGUUAACAUGACAAGAAAGCACAUGGAAGUAGGCCUACUGAGCCAUGUUACGGGAGCAGCAAUUAAAUAUUGAAAUACAACACUUAAUACAGGCUUUUUGUAAAUAAUGUACUCUGUAGUUGGUAUCUCUGAAAGACCACAUACAUAUUGAAUUCUUACAUUCUGUAGUGUUUCGGGAGCAGCGAGUAUCUGAUAAUCAUUCCUCGCUCAGCACGAUGCUAUUGGUUUUAAAGUGUUGCGCGUAUAUGAUGGGAUGCUGUGGAGAGCAGAUGGUCCCUCUGGGGAUGGUCUGUCAGCCACCAGCUGUGUUAUGACAGGAUGCUGUCACUGUGUGUGUGCCUGACUGUGCUCGUUGGUGCCGUGGCUAGUCUAUGGUAAAUUUAAACGUAAAUGGUUGUCCGCUGGUUUUCAACACACUUUCUCUUUCCUUCUCAUUGUCUGAAAACUAUUUUCACAAAAAAAUAACCUAGGCUAUGUCUAUCUAGGGACCUUUCACAUUUGUGGAUCUUAAUUUGGAACUUCUGUGAGAUCAGAGGUUUAAUUUUAAUUGCGGUGGAAAUCAGGACUAUGCAGUGUAAUGUUUCUACACCAACUUUCUCCUCUAGCUUCGGUGCUAAGGGGUUUUAUAUCACCAAGUUGUUGAACUCUUAGUAAGUUUGAUCGUUAGAAGUCUUGAAGGGAAACUCUGCCACUUUUCAACCUCAUAUUCAUUUUCUCCAGUACCAUUGUCUACAUAUGUGAAAGCGAUCUGUGGUUAAAACGAUUAGAAAAAAGGUCCUACAAAAUGCUUCUCUCUGACAUCACAUGGUAGGAUUAAAAGUAAGCAAGAGGGAGGGUGUUUUCUUGCACCCCACUUCACCUCGAAUGUCAAAGUUUAAAAAUCACUGUUAAAAAACAACGUUUUAACCUUUGAUGAUGUCAUCAAAAAUGCACAGUAUUCACAGAUGUAGAUACUGGAUUGGUGCUGGAGAUAAUUAAUAUGAGGUUGAAAAGUGGCGGAGUUGCCCUUUAAGACCAAAUCCUUUAUUUUUGUUUUAUUGUCACGACAAAGAGUGCUUCUCUUCACAUCACAGAUUUUCCUGGGAUGGUUUUUCUCAGAUUUGAAACCACAACUUGUUUAAAAAUAUAUAUUUUAAGCCAUUUAUGUAAUAAAGCUAAUGAAACUGUAA